AUGGAUCCUUUCUCAGCAGAGGGUGAACUCAUCAACAUCCACAGCGCCUUCCACCAAGGCCAAUACCAAUCCGUCCUCGACUUCGACACCUCCGCGCUCUCCCCCGAAAACCACCUCCCCGCCCGCGUCCUGCAACUCCGCGCCAAAAUCGCCCUCGGCCAGUCCGACCAAGUCCUCGCCGAAAUCCAGACCGAAGAUGACACCCCGGACCUCGCUGCUGUGAAGGCGCUGGCGCAGCAUGCGGCGGGCGACGAGGAGAGUGCGGUGAAGGGCGCGCAGAAGCUUGUUGAGAAAUAUUCGGAGAAUGCUAGUGUGCUGGUUUGUGCUGGGACGGUGUUGGCGGCAUCGGGGAAGGAGGAUGAGGCGUUGGGGGUUUUGAGUAUGCAUCAGGGGAGUCUUGAGGCGGUCGCUUUGAUCGUUCAGAUCCAUCUACAACAGAACCGGACCGAUUUGGCAAUUAAGGAAGUGCAGGCUGCGAAGCGCUGGGCUCAGGAUUCGCUUUUGGUGAAUCUGGCUGAGUCGUGGGUUGGAAUGAGAGUUGGCGGCGAACAAUACCAAUCCGCAUUCUAUGUCUACGAAGAACUCGCAGCCGCCCCUAGUACUACUGCUGCGCUGUCGACUGUCGGUCAGGCCGUCGCGGAAUUGCACCUGGGACGGAUCCCCGAGGCUGAGGCUGCGCUGUCGGCUGCUCUGGAGAAAUACCCCGAUGAUGUGGAGUUGAUUGCCAACACGAUUGUGUUGAAUGUGUUGGCUGGGAAGCCGACUGAGGAGUUGGAGUCACGUCUUCAGCAGGUUCAGCCAUCGCAUACCCUUUUGUCCGAUAUUCAAGAGAAGAGCGAGCUUUUUGAUAUGACGGCUGCCAAGUAUUCUCCGCGGGUGUCUUCGUGA